GCCUUCACUAGUUGCAUCCCAAGGUUAGCGGUGAAACCGGGUCUGUCCCGUCCAGAACCACCACUCUUCGAUACAGUUUUACUCGUGUUUUUAUGUGUAACAUCUCGGGCCUGCUGUGCAGAAACAAAACCCAGCAGCAGCCGUGCCUGGCAGCCAUGAUGAAUGUUAUAACUGUGGCAUUGUUGAUGCAAUUUGCAUCGUUACUUUGUAACGUUAUCUUUAAAAGCCAGCGGGGUUUUUUUUGUCAUAAAGUGACAAGUCAAAAAUGUCUCUGUUUAUGCAUGACAGGUGGAGAGAGAAAAGCUUGUCUUUGUGUUCUGGUUACGAAUGUUGUGAACUAACGUUACAUCUGUGACGAUACUGAUUGUUGGCACUAAAACUGACCUAACUCGCUUGCUCAGCUUUCUGUUAGUUUUAACUUUAACAGGUGCGAAUACUCAGACCUCUGUGCUUUGUUGUGAAGCCUUACGUAAUGCACUUAAAAGUAAAACUCAAUUUUAUUCUGCUUAUUUCCCACAGUUACAAAAUGUACUGAUCUAAAACGAAAUAUCAAAUACUGAGGUCAUUUAACUGAAAUCCCCUCAGAGCUUGCUUUUAAUUGUUUGAAAUUAAUAUAAAAAUGUGGACAGAUGUCCGAUUUUGAGGAGCUCUCCUUUGUUGUGUAGGACAUGUGUAACAAACUUCAGCUCUGGAGAGAUUAGUUGUAAUGAACCUGCUCAUGUCUGCCACAUGGCAUGUGUAGUGACAAUAAAGUAAAAUCACAACAUGUAAAACACAGAUUCCACCUUAACUAUCCAAAGUGAAGAGUUUGGCUCUCCCACAGACGAUUUAAAUGUGUAGGAGGUCAGUUCCGAAAGUAGAAAAACAACUUAAACUUUGGUGCUAACCACGAUUUUUCUUUUUUUCAGAUUGGAACGUGCUGUGGUGUUGCUCUGAGAGAUAAUAAGCUUCAUCUAUCUCUACAGCGAAAGCGACAUGCUCUAACACUUUGAAUGUUGUAGGAUUUUACCUUGACAGGGAGAAUCAGUUUACGGUAACCCUACAUGGGCCUCGGACGUAACCUGAUCUGAUAAUUACAGCCGGUGGAGCCUCCUCCCUCACACAGAAAGGUGACAGUUCAGUGACGACAUGGACCCGUCUACUAGGGUGGUGGGUGUGGAUGCCCAGGGGAACAUGGUUUUCACUGUGGUAAAACCAGUCAUGGGCAUCUACCAGGUGUCCUCAGAGCAAACCGGUAGCGUUGCACAAGGGGGCAUGGGGCUACAGGGUUUGUCCGAAAACACAUUGAUCCUCCCUCAAGUGCAAGACCAGGCUCUGCUGGACCAGAACCAGAUGGAAAUGCACACCAUGCAGCCUCAUAUUCAGAUGACCCAGAUGCAGAUUUCUGCCCCAGUCCAGACAGAGGUUGUGUCCCAGAUUCAGGACCCGCUACCGAACUCGAGCACCAAUCCAGAGUCCGUUACCCACAUGCCCUUUGCAGAGGUGUCGUCGCUCCUGGAUCCCAACAUGAAAGGAUCUAAGGCUCGGAAACAUCUCAUCUCGUACGAUGAAAUCAAACGGCGCCUGGAGGCCCCGGAGAAGAUGUCCCUGCGCUCCUUGGCGGCGUACACUCGGGUCAGCAGAGGCCCGGCCAGCAAGAAAACCCUUCUGGAGUCGCUCAACGUCAUCGGCCUCACACCAAGCACAACUACCUCUGUGUCCUCCUCCUUCUCCAAACUCACGGAAGGCGAUACCAGGGCUUUGUGUGACGACAUGAAGGACUUCGCCCAUGACUACAUCGACUACAGCAACAUGGCUAAGCAGCUGAUCCCAGAGACAAACCCAGUUCAACACUGGUCCAAAAUGAUUGAAACUAAGAACCACCUGGAGGAUGUGAGAAGAUGUUUCAAGGACCCGGUCAACAGCAGCGGGUUUGACAACGUCACUCACGGCCUGGGUUUGGGAAUGUUGGACGUUGCGCUGGACAUGAUCGUUAUGGUGGUUGAGCAGCAGAUUCGGGUGCUGUCUGGGGCAGCGGCGUCGGACCCGGCCGACUCCGGGCCGCCAAUGCGGGGCAUCCGCAGGCGCAUCCGCAGGCGCCACCGCAAAACCCGCUCGGCUGACAACGAGAACCCUCACAAGGUGUCUGGAGGGGUCAAAGAGCCGGGGAAGGCCCUCUCAAAAGGCAAAGGGCGAGGCCGAGCCAGGAAGAAGAUAAGGCAGGAAGCCGGAGCCGCUGUUCCGAUGGAAACCCAAGCAGAACAAUGCAAGUCGGAUGACGGGGAGAAUAACGUCCUAACCCUGGUUUCUGUUGGCUAUGAGACCGUUUCCAGUGAACUCAAUGCAGUUGGAACCGGUUGACGCCUGGUCACAUGACGGGUCCAAAGAACCAAUCGUAGUCCCAUUCAAAAGGGAUUCUCAGCGAUGGGGGGAAAAACAAACGGCACAAGUUGAGCUCCUGCGAGGGAGAUCACAGUUGUGACGAGCUCAGCAUCAAAGUAUAAUCUCAAAGUCCAACUGAAAGGAAUAGUUUGACAUUUUGGGAAAACACACUUUCUUUCUGGCCAAGAGUUAAAUGAGAAAGAUAGAUGCCACUCUCACGUCUGUACGGUAGAUAUGUAGCUGGUUAGCUUAGCAUAAAGACUGGU